UUGCACAAGCAAUUCACUUAUUAUUCGUAAUUUUCGCAUUUCCACAAAGUGAGUUUCCGUUCUAUGUCUCGCUGUUCGCGGUUGGUGGCAAGAUGAUAGACAGCUUGUGACCUAAUUGUACAAGAAGAAAAAGAAGAAAGUGGCGGCGAAGGAUCGUUUAUCAUGUCCUGCAACUUCAACGAGAACGUCGAUUUGAACGCACGGUUGCGACGGGGCGAUCUGAAUUUUUGAGAAGGACCCGCAAUCCGGAAGAUGCACGCGAUGUGUCAUAACACAACACGUCCUCUGCAACUGUCAGUACCAAAUGAGACGGAGACGCUUAUACAUACGCGGGUAAUCACCGAAAAUACGUCGCAGUCGUUUGGCAAGAGGAAACGCGUUAUAACGUAAACAAGCUUUGUUUAUCGAUCGCCCUUUGAUUAUUGUUCGCUCGACGGAUAUGGAAUCGUUUUUACAACUGUUUAACUCACCAGAUGACAAGAGUAUGAGGACAAGGAAGAGGCAGUGGGACGACUCAGAAAAUGAGGGGAAUGGUAUGUCAGAUUGCGAGACUUCUAGUGUCGAAGAAGAUCAAGAGGUCUGCUUGCCACCAGAACCUGAGCAGGGGAACAUAGAGUACAAAUUAAAAUUGAUAAAUCCGUCUAGUCAACGUUUCGAACAUCUCGUCACACAGAUGAAAUGGAGGCUGAAAGAGGGUCAAGGAGAAGCGAUCUAUCAAAUUGGAGUGGAGGACAAUGGAAGGUUAGCAGGUCUGUCGAAGGAGGAGAUGAAGGCAUCUUUAAAGACGCUGAAGGACAUGGCCUCCAGACUGGGUGCUACUAUAAGUAUAUUACGCGAGCGUGUGGCCGCAAGUUCCGCGAAUAAGGCCUUGGUGUCGCAGAGCAAUAGUAGCAAUAAUAACAAUAAUAAUAAAGAAGAAAAAAAAGUUGCUGAAGUACUAGUGAAAAAAUUGAGGAAGGACGACAGAGAGGAUCAGGAUAGUAUCGUAGAUCUGAGACUGGCGGUUACCGGUGCGCAGGAUGCUGGAAAGUCGACUCUCUUAGGUGUGCUGACACAGGGUGAGCUGGACAAUGGUAGAGGUAGAGCCAGACUUAAUAUGUUGCGUCACCUGCACGAGAUAAAGACCGGUCGCACGUCUUCGAUAUCACAUGAGAUCAUCGGGUUCGAUAGCGCGGGUCAUGUGUUGAACUACGCUGAGAUGGCUACGGCCGAAGAGAUCUGCGAGCACGCCUCGAAAGUCGUCACGUUCAUCGACUUAGCUGGGCAUCGAAAAUACUUAAGAACUACGGUGCUUGGGCUGACAGGAUAUUCGCCGCAUUACGUUAUGUUAGUCAUAGCGUCACGUCUGAACGAGGCGUCGCAGGAACAUAUGGCUCUCUGUUUAGCUUUAAAGCUUCCCUUCUUUAUCGUCCUAAAUAAAAUUGACUUGGGAUUCUGCGUCACGUCCGAGACACUGACUCAACUUGAGAACGCUAUGAGGACACAGGGCUAUCCCAAACAAUUAGUAUCAUUUAGUAAUAAUGAGAUAGAUGGACCGUGGGAUUACGCAUCCGACGUGAUACCAGUAUUCAAUGUUAGUUGCGUCACUGGCGAGGGUCUCGAAGAGCUGACUAAGUUUAUAAAAAAUUUGGCUCCUUACGAAACAAAUUCGAUAGAUUCGGACCCGGAAUCCUGUCUAUUUCAAAUUGACGAGACCUUCAGGGUAGCUGGUUUGACGCAACCAGUUUUAGGAGGAUUACUCGUUAAAGGGGUGAUAGCACCAGGAAAACGUUUGUUAGUAGGACCCUUGCCAGAUGGAGAAUUUAGUCCGGUCAAAGUGGUUAGUCUACACCGUAAUAAAGCUCCGUGCUGUUUAGUUAGAGCGUCGCAGAGCGCUAGUCUGACAUUGGCACCGCCGACAAACCGUAGCCCUCCUUUGCCGCCUCUUCGUCCUGGGAUGGUUUUAGUUUCUACGUGCGAUCAACCGCAUGCGACACUUUUCUUUCAGGCGACGGUGAUAAUAGUGUAUCAUGCGACAGCAAUAUUUUCGGGCUUUCAAACGACAGUACAUGUGGGUAACGUGAGGCAGACUUGCGUCAUCGAAGGUAUAAUGGAUAUGACUGAGCGGGGUUUGCAGACAAACGACACCGCCUCCGUGUUGUUUAGGUUUGUCAGCCACCCGGAAUAUCUCCAUGUUGGAAUGCGUCUGCUAUUCAGGGAGGGCCGUACCAAGGGGAUCGGUAAAAUAACGCAGAUCUUCCCAUUGAUCGGAUCGCGGAAUUCGAUGAAAUGAAAGAAAUUAGCGCAAUGUAAUAUAAUAUUCGAGAUAUACCGUUUUCUAUAGUAUUUAUGUAUACGUAUCAUAAAGAAAGGAGGAGAUAAAUACAUGUUUUAUAAAAGUAGGGUCGUACCACUACUGAUGUUACUGGCGUGAUAAAAUGAUUGAGUUUUAUUGUACAUUGUUCGAAACAGUGAAGGUCAUUCUUUCUCGAUGUGUUGGUUUUGUAUAUUUUUCUUUGUUGUGAGGACACUUGCCUCAACAUCUCGGCAUCUCGACGUCAAGAUUAUUAGCCGAGUUCGAGAACAGAUUUCCUAGUAUCUCUCCUAUUUGAUAACAUAAUCUACAGUAGAAUCGUAAAAAUGUACAAAAGAGUCAGCGAGAAAGCAUGCGUGAUAGAAUUGUAGACUUCUAUCUUGUUUGUUUAAUAGUUUAAUAGUUUCUUUUGUUCAGGGUGUGACAUUUUAUUGAUCAGAACUGGAAUUUUGAGUUUGAUUUUUAUUAUGCGAUUUUAUAUUAUUUUGAUUUUUUUGUUAGACACCUUAAAGAUAACUGACUUCUUUAUAUUGAUUUCUUUAUCGUUGGAAUUUAACUCGAUCUGUGUGUGUAGAAUUGUCCAAAAGUUCGACUUUAUUAAAAAAAAAAUUCGUUAUUGUGUCGAGCAGUGUAUUAAUACGUCCUCGAAAAAGAGAAUUUAUUUUCGUGUGUCACAAACAUAGUUAGAGAUAUUAUUAGGAUAUGUCCAAAAAAUGGAACAAGCAGUACAUUUUUGAGUCAAUAUAAAAAAUUUAAUGGAUGGUUUAUAUUUUUUGAAUUUAUGUGCAGAGCGUAGUUGGGAUUUUCUUUGUUACAAAAACAAACUUUGCCUCGUUAAUGGUCCCGUAUAUGUAGAAAGAUUAUUUUCUUAGAAAGAUUAUUAGAUUAUUUUCUAAGAAAGAAAUUUUUUUUUCUAUUGGUGUAUUAUAUAUGCAAAAACUGUUAUAUGUACUUAAAGAUUUCUAUUGUUUUAAUUAUUAAAUUUUCAUACAUUGAGGUUUGUAUGAUAGACUUAGAUGUGAAAAAAUAUCGAUUGUUUUAUUUCUUGUGUCGGGACUGCAAGUGUUACUUCUUAGAACUACGCUGUUUUUAUGUCCUUGAUAAUACAUGCUAUUAGACAUAACUUCGAAAGCACAAAACUUGGUUUAUUUCAUAUUCUUUGUAUUAUUGUAUUCUCAUGUACUUUGUAAGAUUGCAUUCGCAAAAAUUCUAAUCUUGGUAACAAAGCUCGUUACAUGCAUACUUAGAAAUUUCAAAAAGUAAAAGAAAAAAGCGAAUGUGAUGAUAAUCUUCGUUCUGUAUUCUACUAAUUACUGCUUGAAAAUAAAAUUCGAUGACAUUUUAAUGAUAUAUAUUUUCUUGAUCACUAUGUACAAAGAAAAGUGAGUCGAUGUAUAUUCUUAAAUAAACUUAGACAAUCGAUUCUGACGAUUUAAAAUA